AUGUUUCGAUUCAGACCAACUACGACACCAUUUCUAAAAACUAAUCCAACUCAAUUGUAUAUAAAUUCUAUAAAACAAUCUUUUAAAAGAUAUCAAUCAACUACUACUACAAACACAAAACCAAAGGCGAAGGGAAUAAAAGCAUUAAUGAAAGAAUAUGGGUAUCCAGCUCUAGGAGUAUAUUUAGCAUUAUCAAUGAUAGAUUUACCUAUAUGUUAUGUAUUAGUUCAUUCAAUGGGACAAGAAAAAAUUGAAUAUUAUGAAAAUAAAAUAAAACAACAAUUUGGUUAUGGUAUAAGUGAUGAAGAAUUAUCUAAAAAACAAGCAAUAACAAAAAUUGAAAAUAAUAUAGAAAAUAAAGAAUAUGAAAAAUAUCAAAAUACUAAAAAAGAUAAUAAUAAUUGGUUUACAUAUAUUAAAAAUCAAUUUUCAUGGACUGAAUUUGCAAUAGCUUAUGGAUUACAUAAAUCUUUAAUAUUUAUAAGAUUACCAAUAACAGCAGCUAUAACUCCUGGAUUAGUUAAAUUAUUAAGAUGUUGGGGUUUUAGAAUUGGUACCGAUAAAUUAAGUACUACUGCUUCAAUAGCAAAAGAUUUAGCUAAAUCUGGUUAUAAAGAUAUUACUGCUUCAAAUCCUAAAUUUGGUAUUAAACCUGGUAAAAGAAAAUGGUGGUGGUUUUUCUAG